AUGCUCCUACUCAAGCUUCUCAUUUCAUCCUUCGCCGCGACUGCCGUGGCUCAGUCCACAGUCACAGUGCGCGACAAUGCCCACAAUCUCACCUAUGUAGGCUUCAGCUUCGCAGGAACCGAACAAUUCCAGGGCAUCAACUUCGGCCAGGACACGUCUGGCGCCAACCGCUUCAAGCCUCCCAAGGCCUUUACCUAUCCCAAUGGUACCACUGUCCAAGCCACAGCUGCCGGCGCCGCUUGCCCGCAAAACACCAUCUUGUCCUUUCUUGGUGCCAUCAGCGAAAAUCCAGGCGUCUUCAAUGUCUCUGAGGACUGCUUGAACCUCGAGGUCGUGAGGCCAGCGGGAACAAAACAGGCUGCGAAUCUCCCUGUAAUGGUCUGGAUCUCCGGCCAAGGUGACGAGGAAGGCUCAUAUAACUACUCGCUGUACAACCCUACAGCACUUGUGGCCGGCUCUGCUGCCAAGGGCACGCCGGUCGUCUAUGUCUCAAUGAACUACCGUGUCAAUGUCUUCGGAUUCGCCAACAGCCCUGCGCUUAAGACGGAAGGCUCACUGAAUGCCGGUUUGCUCGACCAACGGCUGGCACUACAAUGGGUCCAGUCCAAUAUCGCCACAUUUGGAGGAAAUCCAAAGAAUGUCACGAUAUUUGGCGAAAGUGACGGCGGCACCAGUGUGGGAUUGCAUAUAACGUCAUUUGGUGGGAAUGGUACUGCUCCCUUCCGCCGAGCUAUUAUGCAAUCUGGAUCUCCAGCGGGUGAUCCGGGUGUCACUGGCAAUGCGACUGUCACGAACACUGCGGCGGUGGCUCAACUGGCAGGCUGUACAGGAACUAAUAGCAGCCUUGUCCUGACCUGUCUCCGGCAAAUCCCCAUGGUUCAGCUCCUAAAUGCCGUCCUCUUGUUUGAAAACUCAACCACAUCUACACAAGCCAACGGCGUGUCUCAAGAUUUGUUUUUCCCGACGGUUGAUGGAAGCUACGUACCUGCUGCUCCCUCGACUCUGAUCCGCACAGGUCGAUUUCACAAAAACAUAUCCAUCAUUGCUGGAUGGAAUGAAAACGACGGCAGCAUCUUCGCGCCUCCAACACUUAACGGCUCCACUGCUACACAGGCUUUUCUGCAUUCAUCGUACCCGCAUCUUAAUUCGACUACGCUCUCAAGCCUGACCUCGUUGUACCCAAUCAGCGACUUUGUGGCAGCAGCCAAAGCGUCUCAGAUCUCACCCUUUUUCCUGCAGGCAUCGCAGAUCUACCGCGACAUUAAUUUUGCGUGUCCAGCGAUCGAUGUCGCUCAUCGUGUUACUCAGUUUGGCAGCGCAAGCUACCUGUACGUGCUCAACACGACAUCGUUGACCAGCGUCCUCCAGCUCUUCAAUGCCACCUUCGAAGGAGUCAUCCACUUUUCCGAUGUACCUUUCGUCUUUGACCAACCAAACGUCGGUUUCGGAACUACUGCCGCAGCGAACCUGACGGCAACCAGAAUGUCGGGUAGCUGGGCGCAUUUCGCUUCGACGGGCAACCCAAGCGGCAACUCUACUAUCACUCUCUCAGGUUGGACUCCAGCGUAUAACAAGUCCCAAGCUGCAGUGACGAGUCAGAAUGUGACCGGAGCAAGUGUUAGAAUCAUUGGUGGACCGAACGCCGGACAAGCGCAGUUGCCAUCAGCUGUGAUUGAACCUCAGCUUUUGCAUCGAUGUGCAUUCAUCAACUCGCCGGCUUUCUAUCAGCAGCUGCAGACGUAG